GCAAAUUACAGUUAAACAUCUCUUUUUGUAAUUCGAACACAACAAUAGUAAAAGUAUAGUUCAAAAACAAUGAAAAUUUACUUUUUAAUUUUCUUUGUGUCCUUGCUGGGUGCCCAAACCGAUGCUUUGCUCAAACGAAGUAAUAUUAUAAUAGCCGAUUGCAGUGAAUAUGCUGAUGGCGAAACAUUGCCGGACAGCAGUAGUUGUUCUCGAUAUUUUUUGUGUGUUAAUGGAAAAGCUUUAAAGAGAACAUGUGCUCGUGGUUUGAACUAUGACACCAAAUCGGGUCUUUGCAAUAGAGCAUUUCUAGUUGAUUGUAGUCUUAAUCGUUUGGGUGCUAACUGGGAAGAUUUUGUUAAGCCAAAUGCUGAGUUGAACAAUCCCAUCGACAGUGAGGAAGGACAGACGAUUCCAGUCCUGCCUGCUGGAAGUGUUGUAUCAGUUACAAGUGCGCCACCACGGGCCGCGACUACUACAACACCAUGUACUACCACAACAUGUUCUACAACUAAAACUACAACCUGUUCAACUACUAAAACUACAACCUGUUCAACAACUAAAACUACAACCUGUUCAACCACAAAAACUACAACCUGCUCCACAACUAAAACUACAACCUGUUCUACAACUAAAACUACAACCUGUUCCACAACUAAAACUACAACCUGUUCUACAACAAAAACUACAACCUGUUCCACAACUAAAACUACAACUUGCUCGACAACAAAAGCACCAUGCACAACGUCAACAACAACCUGUUCUACAACAAGAGCACCCUGCACUACCACAACCAAAUGUUCCACAACUCCACCGUGUACUACUACUCCACCCUGUACUACUACUCCACCCUGUACUACUACUCCACCCUGUACUACUACUCGACCCUGUACCACUACUCCACCCUGUACCACUACUCCACCCUGUACCACUACUCCACCCUGUACCACUACCCCACCCUGUACCACUACUCCACCCUGUACCACUACUCCACCCUGUACCACUACUCCACCCUGUACUACAACUGUCUGUCCGGUAGGAAAUUCAGAUCGUAAUAAUCUGAAAAUUUUACAAUAUUACACCAAUAGCAAAAGUUGUGCCUCAUUACCCGAUGGUACAAUACUCUUAGAUCAUAAUCAUUGCCGCCGUUACUAUGUUUGCGCCAAUAAACGUACCAAACGUCAAAGAUGUAGCACCGGCAACUGGUUCGAUCAGGACACGCUUACUUGUCGCCCACGAAGUGCAGUGACAAAUUGUGCUGCAGGACGUAACUAGUUAUGUUAAAAAAAUGUUAACCGUUAUUUGAAUCUGAUAAAGUAUUGCUAUUACUAAAAAGAUCGUAGUCUUCAUAAGGAAAAUGUCAAUAAUACUAUUCCGUCGACGUUAUUAAUAAAUAUUUGUCAGCUUAUGAUAUCGGGUACAACUGUCUUGUCUCAUAAUUAUAUACAUAAUAAAUAUAAUGAACUUUUGAAGAAAA